UGAGCGCGUGACACGAGUUCUCUGCCUCCCGAUUUUCGUGCCGUGCAGAUUUUUCGGGCGAUCUGCCGCUGUCGCGGAAGGUCCGCGUGAAUCUUUCGCGUUUCUGCGGAACAUUCGCUCGCCCUCGUCGCGAGGUGCAGAGGAACAGGUGGUUGCCGGGUAGAUUCAUCCUUCCGCGCGUGCUAGACACAUGAUCAUCUGUUUGAACUAUCAUUAUCAGCUGAUGGAGGCUAUGUGACGUGGAAUUUCAAAGAAUAAAUUGCGAACAGUUAUAAAAUAAAUAUCGACAUACUUAUAGGAUGACGAGAAAUAUUAGGGGAAAAUUUGCAGAAGAAUUAUUGUGGUUCUGCCUGGAGAUUAAUUAUAUGUUUUAAUAAUGAAAAUUCAGCAAUUUACUGGGUACAGUUUACCGCAAAGGGGAAUUACUGUUCACUCCAGAUGGAUCAUCAGUUAUUAGUCCAGUGGGCAAUCGUAUCACGAUUUAUGAUUUGAAAAAUAAUAAAUCUAUGACGCUCCCUGUUGAAAGCAGAUUUAAUUAUUCUACUAUUGAUAUAUCGCCAAAUGGUAGCAUGCUAGUUGCCAUUAAUGCAGAUGGGGAGGCUCACAUAAUCAGUUUGAUAAGUAAAGUGAUUCUGCAUAAGUACAGGUUUAAGGGGCAUCCCAAGCAUGUCAAGUUUUCUCCAGAUGGAAAACAUUUUGCAGUCUGUAAAGGAGGUAGCGUCUUCGUUUUUAAUGCACCAGGCUUACAAACGGGAGAUUACAAUCCAUUUAUUAUGGAACACUCGUAUCAUGGGGCUACUGCUGACACGACAUACGUUACUUGGUCUUUUGAUUCGAAGCUAUUAGCAGUCGGCUCAAAGGAUGCCUUAGUGAGAAUAUACAGCUUAGAGAGAUGGGCAAAUUUUCGACGAAUCAUGUUGGGUGGUCACAAUGAUGUAAUCGUAGCAUGUUUUUUCAAAAAUAAUAGUUACGACAUCUACACUAUUAGCAAAAAUGGCCGGCUUUUCGUUUGGGACUGCACGAUUGACCCGGACGAUUUGGUUCCGUUGGAACCGCCUCAGAAAAAAGGGAAGACUGAAGAUAGCGAUAGCGAGGAUGAUAUUAACGUCGAGAAAAUUAUAGAGAAAACGGAAAAGCAGAAGGCCUAUGCUGAACGCAAACUUUUGGAAUCAGAUACCUCGAUGCAAGAAGAUAUGGAAGAAGAUACCGAAGAGGAAGAGAGUGACGUAAAAGUCAAAAGGGUUGGCUACAAGAAAUUGGCUUGUCAUUAUUUGGCGGACGAAGUCCACAAGCACUGUAAGGACGCGAAACUUACCGCAGCUGCGUAUCAUCAAAGUAGACAUAUAUUGAUCGUUGGGUUCAACAAUGGUUCAUUUUAUCUGUACGAAAUGCCGCAUGCUAAUAUGCUUCAUUCAUUGAGUAUUUCCCGACAGCGCAUCUCGUCGAUCGCUGUAAAUCCUACCGGGGACUGGGUAGCUCUGGGUUGCUCUCGUGCUGGUCAGCUGUUAGUUUGGGAGUGGCAGAGCGAGACGUACAUCAUGAAACAGCAGGGGCACAGGACCAACAUGGAUUGUCUGGCGUACAGCCCCGACGGCCAAUAUAUCGUGACCGGUGGCGACGACGGGAAGGUGAAACUGUGGAAUACACUGAGUGGAUUUUGCGUGCUGACAUUUCACGAGCACUCCUCGUCGAUAGCCGGCGUUCUCUUCAGUCGUAAUCGUAAAUUUCUCGCGUCCGCCUCGCUGGAUGGGACGGUACGAGCGUUCGAUCUAGCGAGAUACAGGAAUUUCCGAACUCUCACGUCGCCGCGGCCGGUGCAGUUCUCCUGCCUGGCGCUCGAUGCGAGCGACGAGUUUUUAGCAGCAGGUGGCCAAGACGUCUUCGAUGUGUACUUGUGGAGCAUGAAACUUGGGACUCUCCUAGAGAUACUGAGCGGUCAUGAGGGACCUGUGGCAAGUCUGGCUUUCAACCCUAAUCCGGCCAGUACGGAACUGGUGUCUGCAUCGUGGGACAAAACCGUGAAGAUAUGGAACGCCAUCGAGAACGGUUCCGCGCAUGAGACUAUACAAUUAACUGCUGACGCGUUGUGCGUGGCCUAUAAACCGAACGGGCAAGAGGUCGCUGUCGCUACCCUGGACGGACAAGUUACGUUCUUCGACUGUAAAACGGCGAGGCAAACGGGUUUUAUCGAGGGUAGAAAUGAUUUAGGCGCUGGCAGAUCGAAAACUGAUCUUAUCACAGCGAAAAAGAAUUUGCAGGGCAAGGCUUUUACUACCUUAUGUUAUUCGGCCGAUGGUACGUGCAUAUUAGCUGGUGGUCAUUCCAAAAAUGUAUGCAUCUACAAUGUUCAAGAAUCUGUAUUAUUAAAAAAAUACGAAAUCACUCAGAAUAGAUCAUUGGAUUGCGUGGAUGAUGUUAUAAGCAGGAGGUACAUGACGGAAUUUGGCAACAAAGCUUUAAUCGAGCAACGUGACGGCAAAAAGGUGGCGUUAAAAUUACCAGGCGUUAGAAGUGGCGACAUGGCAAGCCGGAAGCUCAAACCGGAAGUGAGAGUAUUCUGCUUACAAUUCUCUCCUACGGGACAAGCAUGGGCUGCAACGACAACAGAAGGUUUAUUAAUAUAUUCCUUGGAUAUUGGAUUAAUGUUCGAUCCUUUCCAAUUAGAGCUCGGAGUUACUCCGGAUACGGUGAAAGAAACGCUUGAAAAACGUGACUAUGCGAAAGCAUUAAUGAUGGCGUUGAAGUUAAACGAGAAGUUGUUAACGCAACAAGUUACAGAAACUAUUCCGUAUAAAGAAAUUGAAUUAACGAUGAUAAGUAUGCCGGACGUUUACAUAGAGAGGCUAUUGAAAUUUAUAGCAUCCGAGUUGGAGUCAACCAGGCAUAUACACUUCUAUCUUCUGUGGAUAGAAACGAUUUUGACGAGACGUGGGCCGCGAAUAAAUUCUGCGCUUCAAAUGCCGGUACUGUUAAUGCUGAGUAAGAAUAUGCAAAAGAAAUACGAUGAUCUAAGCAGAAUAUGCGAAUUUAAUCAGUACACGAUAAAUUAUGUACUGAGGAUAGGAGAAUUAAGAUCAGCGAAUGACACAACCGCACAAGAUGCGAUUGAAAUUGAUAACGAAUCGGAUAGAGAAAUACGACUGAAUGACGUGUGCUUAGAAGAAAUGGACACCACUUAAGUUCCGAAAAUUUUAUAGGAUUAAGAUACGUUGUUGGAUAAUGUAUAUAAUAAAAUAUAUAGAUAAUAAAGAGAGAAGUGCUGGAAAAA